CUAUCCAAGUCGGAGUAGAGGAAACUAUAUUACCGGGAGAACAGGGAGGCCAUACACACACAGGCCGAGUCCGCAGUUAUCUCCAUCGUUUAGUCUUUAGCCCGCAGUGAAAAUGAUCCAGUGCGUGCAGGAGAUGUUGUGUCUGUCGGUUCUGGUCGCGUUCGUCGCCUGCAACGCUCCUCCGGUACCGUUAGACGACAUCCUCAUUGAGAAAACUUUCGUGCCAGAGCAGUGCGUGCGCGCAGUCAAAGUAGGUGACUACGUAAGGUAUCACUACAAUGGCAUGUUUCCGGAUGGCAAGAAGUUCGACUCGAGUUACGACCGCGGCAGCACCUACAACGUGUUUGUUGGUAAGAAGCAGCUGAUCGCUGGGAUGGACAAAGCUCUGGUGGGGAUGUGUGUCAACGAGAGAAGACUGGUCAAGAUCCCCCCUCACCUCGCCUAUGGAAAGCAGGGAUACGGUGACAUCAUCCCUCCUGACUCCAUCCUUCAUUUUGACGUCCUGCUGCUGGACGUGUGGAACCCAGAGGACGGCGUCCAGGUCAACACCUACCACACACCCUCGACCUGCUCCAGGAAGGUGGAAGUGUCUGACUACGUCCGCUACCACUACAAUGGCACGCUGCUGGAUGGAACGCUCUUCGAUUCCAGUCACACCCGUAUGCGCACGUAUGACACCUACGUCGGGAUUGGCUGGCUGAUCGCUGGUAUGGAUCAGGGGCUUCUGGGGAUGUGUGUUGGAGAGAGACGCAUCAUCACUAUGCCUCCGUCACUUGGAUAUGGAGAGAACGGAGAUGGCAGCGACAUUCCAGGACAGGCAUCUCUGGUGUUUGAUGUCAUACUCCUAGACCUCCACAACCCCAGAGACGGGAUCACUGUGUCCAAUCAGAAGAUUCCUGAGUCCUGCAUGAGGAAGACCAUCGCCGGCGACUUUGUACGCUACCACUACAACGGCAGCCUCCUCGAUGGAACAUUUUUUGAUUCCAGCUACUCUCGCAAUCGUACCUAUGACACCUAUGUGGGUCGAGGCUACGUUAUUGCCGGCAUGGACGAGGGUCUGAUUGGAGUCUGUGUCGGAGAGAGGCGCACCAUCACCAUCCCCCCACAUCUUGCCUAUGGAGAAGAGGGCACAGGCACUAAGAUCCCUGGCUCAGCUGUGCUGGUGUUUGACGUUCACAUCAUCGACUUCCACAACCCGUCAGACAACACAGAGGUCAUGGUCACUUACAAGCCAGAAGAGUGUGAUAAGCAAACAAAGAAGGGGGACUUUAUCAAAUAUCACUACAAUGCCUCUCUGAUGGACGGCACAUCCAUCGACUCCACGUAUAAUUAUGGAAAGACAUACAACAUUGUCCUGGGAGCCAACCAGGUAGUCCCAGGGAUGGAGGACGGACUGAUGGACAUGUGUGUGGGAGAGAAGAGGCACAUUGUCAUUCCCCCUCACCUGGGUUAUGGGGAGAGGGGAGUCGCUGAUGAGGUCCCAGGGAGCGCUGUGCUGCUGUUUGACAUCGAGCUGAUAGAGAUGGAGGAAGGACUUCCCGAAGGCUACAUGUUCAUCUGGAACGAGGAUGUGUCAUCUGACCUCUUCGCCGAGAUGGACAAAGACAAAGACGAGCAAGUGGUGCCCUCUGAGUUUACUGACUACAUCAUGCAGCAGGUGAACGAGGGUAAGGGGCGCCUGGCUCCCGGCUUCGAUCCCUAUCGCAUCAUUGACAACAUGUUCUCCAACCAGGACCGCAACGGAGACGGAAAAAUCACAGAGGCGGAGUUCAAACUUAAAGCAGACGAAGCCGCUGCCCACGAUGAGCUAUGACGGGACUGAGGUCAAAGCUCAGAUCAGGGUGAAGGGUGAAGGGUCAGAUGGUCGGGGAAAUGUGGGUGGUACAGUAGAAAAAGAUGGGGUGGUAUGUGUAAAGUAAGCAAGUGUGGAGUGGGAAACAUGCUGAAAGAGAUUUUGUGUUUUUAUUUUGAGGUGUGAGAUGAUGGUAAAAGGAUGUCUUGUCCUUUAAGAGCCAAAUGAGUCUGAGAGGAAAGAAAGAUUUUUUAUUUUGAUUAUAAGUUGGAAAGAAAACAUCUAAUAUGAGGACUAUGAUGACAGUGAAUGACAUUUUUUUUACCUCUUCUUCCGUGCAUCAAGUUCUUUAUGUUUAGUUUUAUGUGUUUUUUUUAUUUUAUUUUGAAGGGUAUAAAAGCACUCCUGUGUAUGAGAACAAACCAAGGCCUCACUCCAUGAUCUCUUCAUUCAACACUCUUCCCUGACUUUUAUUGUUGUUAACAUUUUGUGGUUGUGUGUGAAACUUUAUUUUCUUCUCACUGGGUACCAGUGUUUCUCUAAAAUAUCAAUGAGCCGGUCAUCACUCACUGUAAUAUACUGUGAUGGAGGGAAGUUAGAUUUGUUUCUGAGAGUUACCACUCAUUUAUGGGUGAAAAUACGUGAUCACUUUAAGUGAGAGCUUUAAAUUAGAAUAACAUUAUAUUUACAUACAAAUGUCAGGGUGCCUUCUGCUGUUAUCCAUAUAAGGCAUCAAAAAGUUCCAAAAAAUCCUAAAAAGCUGCUGUCACCAGCAGUUGUUUCCAGUUUUUCAGAACACUUUUGGUCACCUGGUUGCUCCAUCUCUUGUUUUUCCUCUUCAUCCAGAUAUUAAAUCACAUUUUAGGACUUUGUGUGUUGGUGUGUGAGUGAGUGAGAGAGGAUAAAAGUGUGUGAAUGUAGUUUUUGUUUUUACUUUUUUAUUCAGGAAAACACAUGAGGCUUGAGGAUCAGUGUCAGCACAAACUUUAAUUUGAUUAAAUGUCCUGACCUAAAGAAAUG